AAAAAAUAUAUAUAUUGUCUCUAAUGCAAAAAACAUGAAGACAUUUCUGAAGACCCAAACCAUGAAGAGGAAGAUCGAAGUGAUUCACCAUGAUUGCGUCUCGGACAUCGACGGAUCCGUAUCCGAUGGUAGCGAGGAGUUGGAGGAGCAGUCGUCGGAGCGAAUCGAGGAGAUUGCCUGGCCGCAAAUGAAGCGUGAGAUUGGCGCCAUGAAUCGAACGCUGGACGAGAUACAGGCCCAGUUGGCCAACGACUUUCACGAGCGCGACGGCGGCAGGCCAGAUUGGGAGGAGGAGCAUGAGGCGGCGGCGGCCAAGGGCCUGGAACCGGAGGACUCGCGCUGGAUGAUCAUGCACGGUAGCCGGGAGGCGGACCUGCGGGAUCUGCAAUGGAAUAACCUGCGCAUUCGCAGGCAGCUGGCGGAUCUGGUUCGCUGCUCGGAGCUGGGCAGAGCACGCAUCACGGCACUGGAUCGUGUGUUCCAACGGCAAACGAAGGAGCUGAUCGCGUGUCGGCAGGAUCACGAGCGCGUCCUCUCCUUCCACCUGACCAAGCAACUGGAGGCGGGCAAGUGCCUGCAGCGCUAUCGCUACGCCCGCGACCUGUACGCCAGCUGGCGCGAGCUCUUCAAGAUGGGUCGCCACCUGAAGGAGGCCUACAAGAAGAUACUGGAGCGCACGCAGUCCCGCUUGGAGUACGCGGAGGUCAAGCGGCAGGCACUCGUCGAGAUGACAGUGGCCCACGAGAUGUGCCUGAGCACCACACGAAAUCUGCUGGGCCGCGUCCGGGAUCUGGAGCUCGGCCUGGCACCGCUGGGCUUCUCCAGGCCAUCGGUUAUGUCGAGGAAGAUCGGCAGCCUCGGUGCUUCUGGCGCCGGGCACGCCGAUAGCAAUCGCGCCGAGGAGCAUCCCGGCAGACCCGUCUGGGUGAAGGCCAAGGCCUGGCAGCGUCGUUCCUACCGGACCGUCAAGUUCUCCCGCGGCGAACUGCUCGAGCUGCCGGUGGUUGUGCCGCCCGAGGCCAAGACCUGGUACGGCAAAAUGCUGCACAUGCUACACAAUCCGCCCAAAAUCUAUUAGUGUUUGCCAAUUGUUUAGCUAAUUUAAAAUAAUUAUUAAACAAAAAAAUUAAACGCAAUUCAAAAUAA